CCGAAUUGGAUGGUUGAAGGUCUCGCUUACCUCAAGAGCGUCAACGAGGAGACAUGGUGGCACGAUCUAGUCGGGCAGUGGCUGGCAUUUGAGGAGCAUAUGGCGACUGGGAACGGUGUACAGGUGUGUAAAUCCCUUCCAGCCAAAGGUCGCCCGGAAGUGGUCAAAUAUUGGCUCAGUCGCGGCCGUCAGUACAUCGCCAACAAGCUGCCGACCGUCAAAAACCCAUCUCUAUUCUCGGCUACCUUCGAACGCUGGUGGCGACGUCUCCAGCCAGCCUGGCGCCAAGUCGAAGACGUCGGCCAGCCUCUGCCUCGGGAAGUUCCUCCUGACGGCUCAUGGAGUGACCUUGCGUUGGGUGGGCCCAACGGCCUCUUCGUUGUCCUCAUGUGUCUCGCGUGGUGG